AUGUUCAUUUCGUUGCUACCGAAAUUUGUGUCACAAAUCACUUUGGGAACGUUUCCACACGUUCAUCUCCUGAUUUCAGAUGAGCUGAAGGGCAAUGCGGAUGGUGUCGAACGCAAUUCUUCCGGUGUCUCGUACGAAGCCUUCCGUGCGAAUUCUUCUACGCCUUCGCCCCUAGAAGUGGUCGAAAAGGACGAUUCGUUAUAA